CUUGUCCGAGAGGCGGCUGCAAUGAGUCAGAAACUGAACUGAGCCCAACAUCUCACCCCCCACCCAUCCCUCUCUAAAACCGUGACCUAACUUGGCGAGAAACGUGAUGGAGAAUAACUUAGCUGAGGCUUUACAAGGCAUGUUCGGAAACAUUAUUUGUGUAGUUCCAUUUGGAAAUUAAACUCUUCUCAGACCCUCUGUGGCAAUUUUUAUGCAAAAGUGACUUAUCGUUAAGAUUUUUGCAAAACAUUCAAUGACGAUUUUUGCAUCUUUUUUAAAAGUAACUUUUUUGGCAAAGUAUUUCCAAAGAUAUCGAAGUGUUUUAUUUUUGCAAAGUUGUUCGUAACCUUUUUGCAGGUUUAUUUUGCAAAGGUUAUUAGAGACUUUGUUGGCCAGAACUUAACGAAAUGUUUGCAUUUUUCGUGCAAAGUUGGAAGGCGAUUUGCUGAACGUCUUGAGAAAAAUCGUGAUGAAACUGAUCUCAUGCUGUUCGCUUUUAUGAAAAUAAUAUUUCCUGUCGGUCCGGCUGGGUUUUUUCUCUUUCCCCACUCCGAUCAACCCAUUGUCUCAGAUUGGAGGAUCCCAAGUUUCCGCAAACCUACAUUUCCGUUUCCCGCUGAAGCUCCCUGUUAAAGAAAAAGUCCUUACAUUUCCCUGAAAGACAAAGCCUCCCCAAAACCUCAUUUCAUUUGCACGACUCCCAUCUCCUCCUCUGCCCCUCCCCUGACCUGGUGCUGCAAUGGGAGAGUCGGAGUUCCCGGAGUCAGUUCCCGCAGCCUCUACCGGUUUGAGUGCACUUAUCCCGGACAAAGCUUUCUUAAAGUCUCGGAAAGGUCUGCUGCUGGCAGCUGAAGUGGUGCUGUCUUUCAUCAUUUUAAUAUGUUACCUGGCAUCCCCUAUGGCUGCAUUCAUGGCUGCUCCACUCAUCGAGUUCCUGCUAUCCAUUUGUGCCUAUUACGUGUAUGUGACACAGUACAUUGACAAUUUCCCAGGUUUUCACGGCCCUUUGAUUGAUUUCCUGCGCUGUGUAACUGCUGCAGUUAUUUUCUUUGCGAUCUCGAUUUAUGCCAUUACAAAGAGUUCAGCAUCUGCAAAAACUGCUGGGGUUUUUGGUUUCGUGGCAACAGUUGUGUUUGCAUUUGAUUUCUACUACAUCUGCAACCAUUUGAUCAGUCUCAUUAACCCUCAGGAUCUCCCAACACACACUGCAACAAUCAAAAAAUCCACAGGUGAAGAAGAAAUGUCAGACUCUGAUUCAGAUUGAAAAAGAAUGUGAAGGAUUUUACUUUGUGUUUUUCUGCUGGUCACCAAACCCCUUGUGAAUCAUCUUUUUUACAAUUAAAUUUAAAGCACUUUUGCACA